AUGCUUGCGACUGCACAGGUACGUACCCUACGCGCGCUGGUGCGCUGCUACUCGAGCCUGCCGCUGACGGUGCAGGUGCGCCUGCCCAACGGCAACAGCUACGAGCAGCCCACGGGGCUGUUCAUCGACGGCAAGUUCGUGCCUUCGCACCAGGCGAAGACGUUCGAGGUGAUCGACCCCGGGACGGAGGAGGAGAUUACGCACGUGUACGAGGCGCGGGAGGAGGACGUGGACGCGGCGGUGGCGGCUGCGAAGCGCGCGUUCUUGCCGUGGUCGCGCGCGGACCCCGAGGUGCGCGCGCAGUGCCUGUUCAAGCUGGCGGAUCUGAUCGAAAAGCACCAGGAGACGCUGGCGAACAUCGAGUCGCUCGACAACGGCAAGUCGCUGCUGUGCUCGCGUGGCGAUGUCGCGCUCGUGGCGCGCUACCUGCGCACGUGCGGCGGCUGGGCCGACAAGAUCUACGGCAACGUCAUGGAGACCGGGCCCGACCACUUCUCGUACACGCGGCGCGAGCCGCUCGGCGUCUGCGGCCAGAUCAUCCCAUGGAACUUCCCGCUGCUCAUGUGGUCGUGGAAGAUCGGCCCGGCCCUCGCGACUGGUAACACGGUGGUGCUCAAGCCCGCCGAGUCGACCCCUCUGUCCGCCCUGUACGUCUGUAACCUCGCGAACGAGGCGGGCAUCCCCAAGGGUGUGAUGAACAUUGUGCCUGGUUUCGGAAAGAUUGUCGGCGAGCAUCUCUGCACGCACCCAGAUGUCAAAAAGGUUGCCUUCACCGGUUCGACUGCCACCGGCAGGCACAUCAUGCGCACCUGCGCGGAAACCGUGAAGAAGGUCACGCUCGAGCUCGGAGGAAAGUCUCCUAACAUUGUCUUCGCCGAUGCGGACAUUGACAAGGCUGUCAAGAACAUCGGCUUCGGUAUUUUCUACAAUGCGGGCGAGGUGUGCUGCGCAGGCUCCCGUGUCUACGUGCAGGACUCUGUCUACGACGAGGUGCUCGAGAAGUUCAAGCAGUUCUCCGAGAACCUCAAGGUCGGCAACCCGUUCGAGGAGGGCGUCUUCCAGGGCGCGCAGACCUCCCAGAUGCAGGUCGACAAGAUCCUGUCCUACGUUGACAUCGGUGUCAAGGAGGGCGCCCGCAUCGUCGCGGGUGGUGAGCGUCUGGGCCGCAAGGGCUUCUUCAUCAAGCCUACCAUUUUCGCUGACGUCAACGAGAACAUGCGCGUCGUUAAGGACGAGAUCUUCGGCCCUGUCGUGACCGUUUCCAAAUUCUCGACCGUCGAUGAGGUCAUCGCCAUGGCCAACAACUCCCAGUAUGGGCUUGCCGCAGGCAUCCACACUACCGACAUCAACAAGGCCAUCGACGUGUCCAACCAGAUCAAGGCAGGCACUGUCUGGGUGAAUACCUACAACGACUUCCACCCUAACGUUCCUUUCGGCGGCUUCGGCCAAUCCGGUAUUGGCUCUGAAAUGGGUGUGCAGGCACUAGACAAUUACACGCAGACCAAGGCCGUUAGAAUGGCCAUUGAUCACGUUAAGGUUUAA